UGCACAAAGCCGGGUGUAACGCGGGAGGGAAGGACAGGCUUGAAUAACCGCAACCAGGAAGCUUUUCACCUGAACUGAAACUGUCUGUGUUGAAGAAAGACAACAGCAGUUUUAAAUACAUUAGCUGCACAAAUCUGGGUGUCACGCACAAGGCAAAAGAAGGCUUGAAUCACGUGAUAUUACCACUAUCAUUCCGGGACGCUACCGACCGGAACUGAAACUGUCUGUGUUACAAGAGAGAGUGUUCUAAAAUUUGAUCAAAUCUCGUCACGGAAGCGGGACAGUACGUGUUGACAAACAAGCUGCCUUUCAAGUCACAUCUGAAAGUGAUCUGCCAAAAGGAAAUGUCAUCGCUAAGACAUUGGAUUUUUGGAACAAUAGUAUCUUUAUGCUGUUUGGCUGUAGGUGAUAAAGAAGAGUGCGAGCCUGGAAAAUAUGGGGAUGGUUGUAGUCAAAAUUGUUCUCACGGCUGUAAACCUUUUCCAAAUAACGAAGUGCGCUGUCACAAGGAAACUGGAAAAUGUUUCGAAGGAUGCAAAGUGGGAGUGUACGGUGACCUGUGUGAUCAACCAUGCAACAGAAAUUGCAAAGACCACAUCUGUAUCCAGCAAAAUGGACACUGCGCUUUUGGCUGUAUAGAAAAUCACAUCGGCGACUUCUGUGAGACUUCCCAAGGUACUACCUAUAGCAGUCAUACAACCGUUACCACAGGUGUGACAGGCAGUUCCCAGGCUAUCCUUCCAGCUGUAACCGUAUCUGUCCUUAUACUUAUCCUUAUCCUAAUUGUCGUGGGCUUUGGGAUUUUCUUCAGAAGGCGCAGAGAGAAAGAGAGGAAGAAAAGGGCACGUGACUCCAAGGUUAGGCAGAGUUGUCUCGAAGGUGCACGUGACUCCGACGACGUUGAGGAGGGAUUACGCCCAGGUGCACGUAACUCCGACGACGUUGAGGAGGGAUUACGCCCAGAUGGUCAGGAUGUGAUGAAAGAUAUACAAGAGAUGAAAGGUACGUCGUAUGAUUGGAAGGUUGAAUAAAGGCGAUAAAGCCUUUUCCAUGUCCAUGAGAAAUAGCUGCCAAAAGCAAAGUCUAUUUAUUCACAUAUCAUGUGCUUAUGAAUCACAAAGUGAUACCAGAUGUUUGCAAAAAAGAUCAGCUUAUAGUCCCACCCUUCACAG